AGAUACAAUGCCGGUUGUAAUCGAGCUCGUAAUGACUGGUUGUGGUAACCAGGAACAACGUGGUUUUCUCAUUAGAGAGCUGAUCAACAUCAUAAAUAAGAAGGAGAAUCCAGCAGGCUAUCAGCCGCUUCUUCCGGACAAGGAAUCUGUCCGCAAAGCAUUCGAGGAAGUCUUCUCGGGCAUAGGAGAGUUCAUAGCAAAGUCGGGUUGCAUACAAAUAAUUGUACGCCCGAAGAACAUUGCACAAUUCUUCCGUCUGCUAAACGAUUGUGUCAAAGGGGUAUUAACAGAGGCAAUGAAUCCUAUUCAAGAUAUCAUACGAAAGUUGCCUGGAUGCGAAAAUUACGAACAGGAUGCCGUUUUGUACAGAGACCACUAUACGUGUGUGAUGGACAAUUUGGUAUCACAGCUCGCAGCCAUUGUGCAGAAAAAAGGCCUGAUAGUUCCAAAGCGGACAACUACAAAACCAAUGCUUGAGGGUGGAAAGUUUAUUAUGAAGGUGGGAUGUUUUAACAAGGAGGAUCGAUCACAGUUUGAACACUGUGUGAACAACGGACAGCUUCGAAAGUUGUUCAACCCGAUAAAUACAUUACUACAAGACGUUGGAAAGGAUGUAGCCAUAGACGUAAUGAUUCAUAACGCGGAUGAGAAAACCUCAUGUGAACCAGUGAUAAUAACUGCACGUUGCGAUGGGAAUGUGGAGACGUUGAAACUCAAAGACGUUCAUGUUAAGAUUGCAGAUGAUUCGUCAAUACCUUCAAUCACAGGAUUUGCUGUUGUUCCACCGUAUAUUAUCGGCGCGGAUUAUUCAAACAACUGUGUAAAAUUGUUUCAUAUCGAAACCAAAGCACACAUAGGAACACCGAUUUGUACAUGCAACAAACCUACGUGUAAACCUGGCUGUCAUAUGUGUAAACCAUGGGACGUUGUAAUGAUAGACGAACAAAAUAAACAGGUUUGUGUGUCUGUGCCUGCAAGUGGAAAACUUAUUUUUGUCAGAAUCAACGACAAUCAGCUAAUCCAAUACAAUGAGCUCGUCGGUCAUGACCACUGUCGAGGUCUCGCAUACGCCGACAACCAACUGUAUGUCGGGUAUGAACAUCCUAAACGUCAAAUAAAAGUUAUUGGGCUAGAUGGAAACGAGGUGCGUGUUUUUUGUGAUGCCAAGUUCCACUCACCUUGGUACCUGGCGUUUGAUGAACAAUCAAAAAGUUUGUUCAUUUCUGAGGUAAUGCAAUCAAAAGUUUACCAAUUAAAUGAAGGGGGAAAUAUUGUGACACUAAUCAACGUCAACAAAUUAAUCGAGUCGCAAAGAGGGAUAGCACUCAAAGACCCAUCCACGUUGUACAUUGUUGGACAUGGAUUUGACAACAAAGAUGACUUUGGAUUGACACAGAAAGAGGACUUUGUAUACGAAGUAGAUAUUAUCUCGGGCAAAAGCCACGCCCUAUUUCGUUUUGAGAAUGCGCCUCCAAAGUGCGUUCGAAGAUACAGAGACUCAAUGUUCCUGAGUUUUUAUGGUUCAGAAAGAAUAAUGCAAUUUGACAUUUCAGAGGAAUUAACUACAUUUUGAAAGAAAUCACCUGUUUUGUAAAAUUAAGUUUACUGAAUGAUUACUUCUACAUUGUUCCUAACGUGUUUGAGUUUAUCUAAGAUAAAUAAUGUUACUUAAUGGUUGAUUAUAAUGUGUAAUGGACAUUUACAAUUGGAAACAUUCUCUCUAAUGAAACAUCAUAUUGAAGCAGAAUACCAACUACGUUAUUGAUCACAAAAUAUUUGCUUAAAAACAAAGAUAAAAAGAGUAAUAAAAUGAAAUCUGAUCAUUUUCUUUAUUUCCUCUUUUUAUCAAGAGUCUGAAAAGUAUUCACAUAUACGUCGUGGAGAUGCUUAUCAAUAUUCAUAACAAAAACAUGUACCGGUAUUAAAUCUAUUUGCACAUUCACCAACUGUACAUAAUAUUCAAGGA